AUGCUCAUGAUAAAGGAUUUCCAGAUUUUACGUAACGUCUUUGACGCGCCACAACUUUCUCGUUUCGACUCUGAUUCCUGUGCCGAGAAGGUGAACCUUGGACCCAGAAAGAAACCUCUUGUCAGAAGUCCCAAUGGUUUACUAAUACACAGGGCUAAUUUGGCUAACAAGUCCAGCAUUCCCAAUGCGCACACACCUGAUGCUCAUUAUGGAAGCCAUUUAGGUUUUGCUUCCGAAGAUUUGAAGUGGGAAUUUGGUCAUCUGCAAAAGAGAAACAUUUACGACAAGAACAAGAAAAUUGUAUGCUAUGAUCACGGCGGUUUGGAAGAAGAUGCAGAAGAUUAUGGUGGUCUCUCAUUGAUGAAACUGAAUCUGGGUCCAAGAAAGAAACUUGUUAUUUUUGGGCUAGGAGGGUUGCUUUGCCAUAGGGUCUGUCAUAAGCAGAGGUCAAGCGUUCCAAUCUAUCGCAGUCCUGACGCUGCCCAUGGAAGUUAUAUAGUUUACAAGAGACCUUACUGUACUGACUUUAUGAAGUUUUGCCUGGAAAGAUUUGAAGUAGGAAUAUGGUCAUCUGCAAGGGAGUGGUACAUGAGUAAUGCCCUUGAUUGUAUAAUGGCUGGUUUGAGAAGCAAACUGUUGUUUGCUUGGGAGCAAAAUGAAUGUACGAAUUCUGGGUUCAGCACCCUGGAGAAGAAAGACAAGCCCAUUUUUCUCAAGGAGUUGGACAAAAUAUGGGAAAACAAAUACUCUAAUCUACCUUCGCGUGUGGGGCAAUAUUUAUCGUCCAACACAUUGUUGAUUGAUACUGACGCUUACAAGGCUUUGCUAAAUCCUCCCCACACAUCAGUGUUUCCAACUGAAUACAAAGCAAGCGAUGUUGAUGAUGAUGCCUUAGGUCCUAAGGGCGAGCUGAGGCUGUACUUGGAUGGCCUGGUAGAUGCAGAUGAUGUUCCUUCAUAUAUCAAAGAGCACCCAUUUGGACAGCCUGCAAUAACAGCCUUGCAUCCUCAUUGGGAUUAUUAUUCCAAGGUUGUCACCCACAUCAAAAAAGCUACUCUUUUAAGUGAUGAAUGGUGAUAAGAAAAUGAUACAUUUGCAAGGGUGUGUGAAGUGGCUGUUCAUCUAAUAUAAUAAUUUGUGGCUUGA